AUGGGUGACGUUGAUCCGGAAACAUUGCUAGAAUGGCUUUCGAUGGGCCAGGGCGACGAGCGGGACAUGCAGCUGAUCGCCCUGGAACAACUUUGCAUGUUGCUGCUCAUGUCCGACAACGUGGAUCGGUGUUUCGAAAGCUGCCCCCCGCGGACGUUUCUGCCUGCGCUAUGUAAAAUCUUCCUGGACGAGCUCGCGCCGGAAAACGUGUUGGAAGUGACGGCCCGUGCCAUAACCUACUAUCUGGACGUAUCAUCGGAGUGCACGCGGCGUAUCGUAGCGAUCGAUGGUGCUAUCAAAGCGAUCUGCAACCGGCUGGUGGUGGCGGACCUUGAAAGUCGUACCAGUCGGGAUCUGGCGGAACAGUGCAUCAAAGUGCUGGAACUAAUAUGCACCCGCGAAGCCGGAGCCGUGUUCGAAGGUGGUGGACUGAACUGUGUCCUUUCGUUCAUCCGCGAUAACGGAUCUCAAAUUCACAAGGACACACUACACUCGGCGAUGGCCGUGGUGUCAAGGCUGUGUACCAAGGUUGAACCGCAAGGAGUGAAUGUGCAAACAUGUGUAGAAAGUUUGAGUACGCUGCUUCAACACGAAGACCCACUGGUGGCAGAUGGAGCACUUAAAUGUUUUGCUUCGGUAGCAGAUCGCUUCACCAGAAAGGGAGUAGAUCCAGCACCUUUGGCAGAGUACGGUCUAGUUACGGAACUUCUGAAUCGUUUAAGUAAUGCCGCAGGAACACAAGCAGCCAUGGCUAAUGCGGGUUCAAGUUCCGCACCUACUCCGGCUAACCAGUUGAACAGUCAAGAUGUCACAUCGACAACACAACUCUCGUCAUCAGCUCCAAAGACACAGGGUGCAGCAGAGGCUGGUCGCUCCAGUCAGUCGAUUGCUACGACUAUUUCCCUGCUGUCAACGUUAUGUCGAGGGUCACCUUCCAUCACCCAUGAUUUGCUAAGGUCUAAUCUACCGGAAGCAAUGGAACGGGCUUUUAAAGGAGACGAACGAUGCGUACUGGAUUGUAUGAGGCUAGCGGAUCUCAUUUUGUUGCUGCUGUUCGAAGGCCGUCAGGCACUUGGUAAAGUUGGUGGAUCCAGUGGUCAGUUGGCACCACGUGUACGGAGAGCUGAUUCCAGUACGGAGCGAACACAUCGGCAGCUGAUCGACUGCAUCAGAAGUAAGGACACGGAAGCACUCAUCGAAGCUAUCGAGUCGGGUGGAAUCGACGUCAACUGUAUGGACGACGUUGGACAAACCCUACUGAAUUGGGCUUCAGCUUUCGGUACUUUAGAAAUGGUAGAAUUCUUAUGUGAUAAAGGUGCUGACGUAAACAAGGGCCAGCGAAGUUCCUCUCUGCAUUACGCAGCAUGUUUUGGCCGACCUGGUAUUGCCAAAGUACUGCUCAAACACGGGGCUAACCCAGAUCUACGUGAUGAAGACGGUAAAACACCGCUGGAUAAGGCACGCGAACGACCGGACGAAGGACAUCGUGAAGUGGCAACAAUUCUACAGUCCCCUGGCGAGUGGAUGACCGCCGCUACACGGUCAGAUCUGAAGAGUGACGCCGAUAAUGGUGAUAGCGAACCACGAGGUGAUCCAGAGAUGGCUCCAGUGUAUUUGAAAUUCUUUCUGCCAAUAUUCUGUAAAACGUUCCAAAGCACAAUGCUGGCUAGUGUUCGGCGAUCUAGUUUAGGUCUGAUAAAGAAAAUGAUACAAUAUGUUCAGCCUGAUAUGCUUUCGAGGCUUUGCUCUUCCGAGGGCCUCCAAAGUCACGAACAAAGCCUCGGAACCCUACUAGUCGAAGUCGUCGCUAGCGUUCUAGACAAUGAGAUUAGCUACAGCUGGCCAUCGCAGCCAACACCGUCUCUACUGCCCUUAACCGUUCCUCCUCCUCCAAACACUAGUAGCAAUAGCAUUCUAGUCAAGUUUAGUUGUGCAAACAAAGUGAGCAAGUAUGUCCAGAAUUUGAGGCUGCAACAACAGCAGCAACAAGAGCAACAACAACAACAACAACAACAGCACCAUCUGCCGCGUCGCAAUUCUAGCUCUUACAUAAUACCUCCGCCGCCGCCAAUGUUACCAUUGACUUCGUCUCCAACGGCGGCACAGGCACAGGUGCUUUCGUCCUUGUCCGGUGGCGAUAUCUGCCAGCACCAUCACUGUCGUCGGGAUAAUGGCAAAAGCAAUAACAACGCCAGCAAAAGUUGUACUCAAAGCAAUUGGUCUGACCUUAGCAUAGCGGACGACGAAGAUGGCCACUUGGUGGUGCUGACCAUCAUCGAGGAAUUGAUGUCGAAGACGCAAAACGAUUUCCUCGAUCACUUUGCCCGGUUGGGGGUGUUUUCCAAGGUGCAAGCUUUGAUGGGUGACACGAGCUUCAGCGGUGAAGGGGACAGCACCGAUGUGAUUAAAUCCGAAGACUCCAAACCAACAGUCAGUACCCCGGACCAGUCGUCGAUUGUUGUUCCGACCAACAACAUAACUGGGACAAGUGCUGUCACUGUGGCAACCAGCACAGUCGAAGAUGCCAAAGAAAUCCUGCCCGGCAAAGCGUAUCACUGGCGGGAUUGGAGUAUUUGUCGUGGAAGAGACUGUCUGUACGUGUGGUCCGAUUCGGCUGCAUUGGAACUAUCAAACGGAUCGAACGGUUGGUUCCGCUUCAUUUUGGACGGGAAACUGGCAACUAUGUACUCGAGUGGCAGUCCGGAAAAUGGAAGCGAUAGUUCAGGCAAAGGUAGGAGUGCGGAUUCUUUAGCCGGCGAAGAGAAUCGUGGUGAAUUUCUGGAAAAGUUACAACGUGCUCGCGGUGCUGUCCGUCAAGGAACCGUGUCGCAGCCGAUCCUGUCAAUACCCAGUCUCUCACGGAUCGUCGUUGGCAAUUGGGUACUGCAGAGCCAGAAGGAACAUCAGCUACAUAUCAACAACUCAGAAGGCCACCAGGUCACAAUACUGCAGGACGAACUACCGGGAUUCAUUUUCGAAAGUAAUCGUGGCACAAAACAUACCUUCACGGCGGAAACUACACUCGGUCCGGACUUUGCUGCCGGUUGGAUCAACACCAAAAAGAAGAAGAUGCGCUCGAAAGCCGAGGCACAGAAGUACCAAGUGAAAAAUAUUGCCCGCGAUUUGUACAACCGUUACUUCAAAGCAGCUCAAGCAGUCCCUCGUGGUGCGGUCGCGAAACUGUGCUCGAUCGUUCGGCAAAUCGAACACGGCCUAGAGGAACAGUGCGCUCCGCGACCAACCACAUUACAAGUUCGAGCUCAACAGCAGCAACAACCAGGAAGUAGCACCUGGCAGGAGAAGUUGUACAACGCUUUGAACGAUCUGGUGCAAUUGCUCAACGAGGAUGGCGUAAUAAGUGCUUAUGAAAUGCACAGCUCCGGUUUGGUUCAAGCGUUGGUGGCAGUUCUCUCGAAGAACUACUGGGAACUAGGGAUGAAUCGUAGUCGGGCUAACAAGUACCAGAAACAACGAAUAUCCAUCUUUAAAAAGUGCAUGUACGGAGACUCGAAGAACGGCAAAAAUACGGCAAGCAUUCUGGUUCAGAAACUAGUAUCUGUUCUGGAGAGUAUCGAGAAGCUUCCGGUUCAUAUGUAUGACUCACCGGGUGGAAGUUACGGUUUGCAAAUUCUGACAAAAAGACUCAGCUUCCGUUUGGAACGAGCUGCUUGCGAACAAACCCUUUUUGACAGAACCGGUAGAAACCUGAAAAUGGAACCACUGGCCACCGUUGGACAGUUGAAUAAAUACCUACUGAAGAUGGUUGCAAAACAGUGGUACGACAUGGAGCGGACUUCGUUCCUGUAUCUGAAAAAACUGAAGGAUUCGAAGGCCGGAAGUAUUCAGUUCAAGCAUCAACAUGACUUCGAUGAGAACGGUAUUAUCUACUACAUUGGAACUAACGGUAAAUCGACGGAAUGGGUAAAUCCUGCUCAGUACGGAUUAGUCACUGUUACCAGCAGCGAAGGUAAACAGCUGCCCUAUGGUAAAUUGGAGGACAUUCUGUCGCGAGACAGUGUGAGUGUCAAUUGUCACACCAAGGAUAACAAAAAAUCUUGGUUCGCAAUCGACUUAGGAAUGCAUGUCGUCCCAACUGCGUACACGUUGCGACACGCUCGAGGUUACGGUCGAUCUGCACUGAGAAACUGGAUGUUCCAAAUGUCCAAGGAUGGAACCAAUUGGGUAACAAUGCUCACUCACACGGAUGAUAAAAGUUUGGCAGAACCGGGAAGUACCUGCACGUGGCCUAUCGAGUGCACAUCGGAAGAACAUCAAGGGUUCCGUCAUGCCCGAAUUCAUCAGAACGGUAGAAAUGCUUCCGGUCAAACGCAUUAUUUGAGUUUGAGUGGUUUCGAAAUCUACGGCAAAGUAGUUUCCGUGUGCGAUGAUAUGGGCAAAGCCGCGGCCAAAGAGAACGAAGCAAAGCUCAGAAAAGAGCGGCGUCAGAUUCGUGCUCAACUCAAAUACAUAACGCAGGGGGCUCGAGUCGUACGGGGAGUUGAUUGGCAUUGGGAUGAUCAGGAUGGAAGCCCUGCCGGAGAGGGAACAGUUACCGGCGAAAUUCAUAACGGUUGGAUCGAUGUCAAGUGGGACCAUGGCCUACGCAAUUCUUACCGGAUGGGAGCAGAAGGCAAAUAUGACCUGAAGCUAGCGAACAGCGACAAUCUUGUGGUGCCGUAUGAUAUCACUAAUACCGGCAGUGGACUCCCGAUAAGUUCAACGACAACAUCGACCAACAAAAAGGCAUACGACAAGUCACUCAAUGUUCUAACUAGUCGUAAAUCCAGCUCUACCCCUAGUCUACCGGAUGCAACGGAGAACAAAUCGUCCGUAGCGUCAACCGAACAGGCCACAUCAGUGGACAAUCUUGCCUGGAAACAGGCCGUCGAAGUUAUUGCCGAAAAUGUUCUGUCUUGUGCACGUUCGGAUUUAGCCAAUACCGGCGCCGGGAACAGCAGUAAUGACCUGUCCGCACCGGGUAUGAAUAACAACAAUCUGAACAAUCAAGAAGUUUCGGUUAUCGUACAUUCACUCGGCGAACGAGGAAAUAUUCCCGAUUUAUCGCAAAUCAAUAAUAGUACAUCGACGCUAGUCUCAGAUCUGGCCACAAUUACGGAAAAUUUGACUCUAUCCGACAAUAUUAAGAACAACAUUGGAGCUGGAAAUGGGCCGCCAUUUGUCAGUAACUUCAGUACCCAACUAACUGCUAGUUCUUCAUCUUCAUCGGAGGAAAACAAUAAAACCAACAAUAUCAACGAAACAAACAAUAAAAUCAAUCUGAACAACAGCGGCAGCGGCAGUAGCGGCUCUGGAAAAACUGCGUAUCUGCCGACAAAAUUAGACGUUCUGGAUAAGAUGCGAGAGGGUGUCGAUAUGCUUCGAAACAACACAAACAAUUUACUCUCUUCGGAACUGUUGACUCAGUCGAAUUUGCUUUCCUCGGUCAAAAUAGCCCUACCGACACCACAGCCUCAGGCUAACAUCGUUCCCAGUGGAACCAUAUUUGUGGCAAGCACAAGCACCAGCAGUACCAGUACGCUUCCGAUUGAUAAGACGACCGGCGAUGUGAAGUUCAACAAUACCAUCAAUAACAACUCCGUAACCGGGGGAGGAGUUACCAAAAAAGUUCUGAACGAAGUAAAACAGCUGGAAUCGGACGACCGCGAUGUUGCCAACAAUCUACGGAACAAUAUCAUUGUGGUCGAUUCGGAGGCUGGUACCUCAAAGGAAACAACUCCGAACCUCGACUCGCCAUCGGUUGGUGUCGUAAAUCCGAUGAGUGUCAGCGUUCCAAACUUGACAAGCAACGAUAACAACGCCCAGCAGGAAUCACAGACUCCUCCUGGCUUGCUGGAAACAUUCGCUGCUAUCGCCCGGAGACGAACGUCCGGAAGCUCAGGUUCUCCUAAUAACCAUCUCAAUAAUCAACAAACUGUAUCCGGUACGCCGGGAAGCAGCGGUGCGAAUCAAACCCAACCGAACAACCAGUUGAGCAGUGUCGUGUCGAACAUUCAAGCCAGUACGGGAUUUUUCCCUAGAGGGCCCAACUCGGUCACUAGUCUGGUGAAAUUAGCCUUAUCUAGCAACUUCCACAGUGGACUACUCAGUACUGCACAAAGUUAUCCGAGUUUGUCAAGUUCAUCCAAUAAUGCUAAUAAUAUUUCGGUUGGUAGUGGAAAUACAGCUACGAUUAGUAACAACAAUUCCAACAGCGGAACAGGCUCAACUGGGGUACAAGCUGGAACAGGACAAGCCGUUUUGAAUCCGGCUUUAACGAUGAGCCUGACAUCGACCAGCAGUGAUAGCGAACAAGUUUCUCUGGAGGAUUUCCUCGAACAGUGUCGUGCUCCGACCUUACUCGGGGAUCUGGAAGACGAUGAAGAUAUGGAAGACGAAAACGAUGAUGACGAAAAUGAGGAUGAGUACGAGGAAGUGGGAAACACAUUGUUGCAAGUCAUGGUUUCGCGAAAUCUGCUUUCCUUCAUGGAUGAAGAAACGCUGGAGAAUCGUUUGGCGGCAGCCGGGAAACGGAAAUCAUGGGAUGAUGAGUUUGUGUUGAAACGACAGUUUUCCGCACUGAUUCCGGCUUUCGAUCCCCGUCCUGGUAGAACAAAUGUCAACCAAACCAGUGAUUUGGAGAUACCGGCUCCGGGUUCCUCGACCGAAAGCAGUCAUUCCAGUGGCCAUUCCGACCAUACCCCUCUGCCACAACCAUCUCUGGCGCUGCUGCUUCGUGGGCCAAACAUCAACGGUGUUACGGAUGUAGAAAUUCCGCUUACUCAACCCGACUGGACUAUUUUCCGAGCUGUUCAGGAAUUGGUCCUACAAACAAACAUGACCAAACAGGAUAAAUUUCGCAAAAUAUGGCAACCGACUUAUACAAUCGUUUACCGAGAGGCCGGUAACAGCACAUCAUGCCGCGAAGAUUUCAGCAGCGGCGAAGAAGGACGCACAACUCCAGUGGUUUCGAUGUUCACCAUGAGAAGUGGCGGUUCCACGCUUUCCCCAAGCUCACCUAUCCCGGGAACACCCUCGCAUACCUCUGGAAACCAUUGUACCGUGGAAGAUGUUUUACAACUUCUCGGUCAACUGAAUGCCAUUAAUCGAACACUGGCAUCGUCUCCAUCUAAUAACGACAAGAAUCUCAUUCCGGACGUGGAGAGCAACAACCUGAACCCGGAAAUCUUCAUGAGCAAAAAGAUUACAAAUAAGCUGCAACAGCAAAUUCAAGAUCCUUUGGUGCUAGCCAGUGGCAGUCUACCUAAAUGGUGCGAAGAUUUCAACCAGGGAUGUCCAUUCUUGUUUCCCUUCGAGACACGCCAGCUAUACUUCAAUUGUACCGCGUUCGGUGCCUCCCGGAGUAUCGUGUGGUUACAGUCGCAACGAGAUGUGAAUCUAGAACGACAGCGAGCACCGGGACUUAGUCCAAGACACGCGGAACAGCAUGAAUUCCGUGUUGGCAGGCUGAAGCACGAACGAGUCAAAGUACCGCGUGGUGAAAAUUUACUGGAAUGGGCUCAACAGGUGAUGAAAGGUCACUGCAAUCGCAAAUCAGUACUAGAAGUCGAAUUUGUUGGAGAGGAAGGUACCGGUCUUGGACCAACAUUGGAAUUCUACGCUCUGGUUGCUGCCGAACUACAGCGUAGUGACCUUGGAAUGUGGCUGUGUGACGACGAACCAAAACUAAUUGAAAACGAAAUUGACCUGGGUGAAGGCAGUAAACCCAUCGGGUACUACGUGAGACGAUCAACCGGUCUGUUUCCGGCUCCACUCCCACAGGAGUCCGAGAUUUGUGAUUUCGUGUCCAACUAUUUCUGGUUCCUGGGUGUGUUCCUAGCUAAGGUGCUCCAAGAUGAUCGUCUGGUCGAUCUUCCGUUGUCAAACAGUUUCUUGCAAUUGCUGUGUCACAACAGAUCGAUUGCUCCGGAUUCACUCAGUGGAGUCCCGUGCAAACCUGGCCUAAAUGAUGAUAUUAUGAUUUCAUCUCUCAUGUCAGAAGAUAGUGAUCGCGAUUUGGUCGAUUCAUAUCAAUCCAAACUAGCCAACGAUGGUUGUUGGUACGAUGGAAUUCUAUCACAGGAAAAUCUGCAGGAAAUCGAUCCGAUUCGGUAUGAAUUUCUAAAGGAACUACAGGAAUUGGUGCAGCAAAAGCAAAAUAUUGAGCAAAAUGACGAUCUCAGCUCGGAGGAAAAACUACUCCAAAUCAGUGAGUUGAAAUUCAACACCAAAACCGGAAGCGUGGCACUGGAGGAUCUGGCUCUUACUUUCACUUACUUGCCUAGUUCGAAAAAUUACGGCUACCAGUCUGCCGAUCUGAUUCCUAACGGCUCUAAUAUUGAUGUUACAAUAAACAACGUCGAAGAGUAUUGUAAUUUGACGAUAAACUUCUGCCUCCAGGAGGGCAUUUCUAAGCAACUGGCCGCAUUCCAUCGUGGCUUUUGUGAAGUGUUUCCGUUGAGUAAGCUUGCCGCGUUUACACCCGAGGAAAUUCGCAAGAUGCUCUGCGGAGAACAAAAUCCGGAAUGGACUAGAGAAGACAUUAUCACCUACACCGAACCGAAGCUAGGAUAUACUAAGGAAAGCCCCGGCUUCUUGCGAUUCGUCAACGUAUUAAUGGGCAUGAGUGCCAGCGAAAGGAAAGCAUUUUUGCAGUUCACUACCGGCUGCAGUAGUUUGCCACCAGGUGGUCUAGCUAAUUUACAUCCUCGCCUCACGGUGGUCCGAAAGGUAGAUGCCGGAGAGGGUUCCUAUCCAUCCGUCAACACCUGCGUCCAUUAUCUGAAACUACCCGAUUAUCCAAAUGAGGAAAUUCUAAGGGAGCGACUGCUAACCGCUACGAAGGAAAAAGGAUUCCAUCUGAACUAAGAUCAGGUGACUGAUUGAAUGUGGGUUACAACAUCGUAUAAAAACUUGAAAUGACUUUUCCUCUUGAAACUAGAUAUGCUGAAUUGAGACGCUACUUCAGAAACAAGAAAUAUUACUAGUGAAAAUUGAAUAAUAUUUUUAGAUAAAGAACUCAUCACCUUUAAACAAAAUUUAAAAAAUAAAUAUAACAAAAAAUGACAUGUUGACGAUUACUUAAAGUUAUCGAUUUGUUGUGGUUUUAAGUUUUAAAACGCUAAAAAAAAUAAUUGCAAUUCCUUUUAGAGAAGCGUACACAGUAAGCUAAUAAAGAAGUGAAAAUAAGAAUUAAACGAACAGAGUUUAGAUUACUGCUCUAAUAGCCCCACACUGAGUUUGCUGUGAAUACAACCAACUAGGAUUAAUUUGAGGAAAGGUAAACGUGACAACAUUCUGAGAAGAAGUUAUGUUAUAUCUACCGUUUAUAUUGUAAAUAAAAUCCUACUACUUACACGCGCGCAGCUAGAACAACAAACAUUACGUGAUGAAAUUUCAUUUGUAGACCAAGUCAAUCGACAAUUACAACUCAACUAAAAAUGAAUGACAUAUGCUUGUUUCAAAUACAAAAAGGCAUUAUUUUUAGGAAAAUUUUCGCUAUCCACCAAUGAAAAUAAUAAUAAUAAAAACAGCUGAUAGAUUGCUAUAAUGUCUCUAAAGGUUAACUCAACGUUGAUGAUAUAGUAGCCAAGCGCAGAAAGUUUACCAUUUAUAUUAUGCAUCCUUCAGUAAAUUUGAACAAUGUGCUGUCUGUUAGACCCAUAUGUCAACGCAUUGCAACAGGAGAAGCAUAUGUCAAUGAAUCGUGAAAUAUGUGCAUUCAAAUAUUCA